AUGGAAUGCUUUUUAUGCUCAUCAUAAUUUGAAGAAAAUGAGUAAUAGCAAGUGAUGUAACCACAAUGUGGACACAGAAUUUGCCAAUAAUGUUUAUCACAAUAAUAGGAAAAAGGUAUUAAUAAGUGCUAGCUUUGCGGUUAAGAGUCAAUAAUCACUGAUGAAGAAGGUAAUCCAGAGACACUUCCAACAAAUGUUGACUCAUUUUCGAUGAUUAAAAGAUCACAGUAACUAUUUAACUUAUUCGAAAAUAGACUAACUAUUUGUUGUGUCCCAUGUAAUUUCAAACUUGAUGCAUUUCAGAAAUCAUUUAUUCAGUAGCUAAAUCAUUAACCCAAGGAAAUAAUAUAAAACAAUUAGUAAAACUCAAUAAUGCAUGAACAAUUAAUAACUUUGGUUUAUGACAAUGAAGCAACAAAAUUAGAAGCUUUGAGUGAGCUCAAUCAAAAGAUCUAUAGAUAAAGUUCUUCACACAAUUAAGUAAUGUAUAUUGUAAAAAAAGAGGAUAAAAGACUGCCGCUAGCAUUUGUCUAGGAACUAAAUGAUUAUGACUUGGUAAUGAUUUAGCAUAAGGUGCCUAUGCUGAGAAAUCCUAAUACUAAUUUGAUAAAGAUCGAUAACUCACCAAUAGGAUUUGGUGAUAGAGAUUGUGGUUUCUUAGAAAGAACUUUGAACUUGUUUAAUGGAGUAAGAAACAAUGAAUCUGAUCUUGCAGUCAGAUCUUAUUAGUUCUAUAAUCAGAACUUUGUCAUUGUAUAUUUGGGCUCUUGUGAUAAAAUGGCUGAAAUAGUUUAGUAUCUGCAAAAGCAAACUUUCUUUUAUACCCUGAGAAAAAUCAAAGCAGAUAUUGUUUAAAAGCCUGAUUAGAGCAUGAAUCAACUAAUGUUUGUAAAUUUUCAUGAGUGA